AUGAAGGUUGUUAUAAUCCUCAUGGCUGUCGCGGCUGUUGUCCGAGCUGCCGUUCGACCCGAAACUCCCCUUUUGCACAAACGUAUGUGGCCAUACGGACCCAAGGUGACUUUUCAGCAAUUGUCUGGAAACCCGUUUCAGAAUCUUCCAUCGAAUCGCCCAACCUAUCCCCAAACCAUGCACCAAGUGCAUGGUGGGGAGGUGUUCUACAACGGCCAACCUCUCUUCACCUUCGCAGGGGAGGAUGGAAAGAGGAGCCAACUCCAGCUUCAACAAGCGAUUGCAGAUUUUGGUGGCUUCCACGCCCGCAAAAAAGACUCAUCUGAAGUUUUCACUUUCCAGGGCAAUUCUUUGCAGGCUGCCGAGGACUCUGUAGCUAAGCAAGUCCAAGCUUCCGAUCAGGCGGCAAGGAUAUUUGGCAAGAAUGUGCCACGCAUCGCCAACGGCUUCAAAGUUUUUCCGCUGCCUGGUAAACGAAACAUGUUUGGGAAGGUGAAGCGGCCAGACCCACCAGCCUGGCGCGACAUUCACGAAUCAACGCCAACCAGCCCUGCUAGGGACCUAGACUAUCUCAGACAAGAACUGGAUGCAAAGCGUUUCUUACGGUUCUCAAACUCGCACAACACCCUCUCUUUUGCUAUUCGCGCUUUGCCUGAUGGCCGCAUCGAGCAUCAGCUCCAGGACGCUGCUGGAAACGUAAUUCACCUCGCACACUAA